UCAAGCCAAUGUCGGCUACCCCCCUGUCAAGCAUGCCUGCGUAGUAGUGUAUGGCUGUCACUUCAGACCAAUCAACCACGCGCGGAUUCUGGCUGCGGCUGCGACGCCGAGGUGUACUCUACAUAUGUCUCUAUUUGCUUCGUCCAACCUCUUAUCAAGUCACAAGUCUAUCAGCUUUCUCAGCAAUGAUGAAGGUCUUUUCAUUGCUCAACGCGCAGAAUCGUUCACACAAAGAGGACCAGUCCAAGAAGCUUCAGUCUAAUCGAGAGGACCGAACAGAGCGCAUCACUCCACCAUUUGAGAACGUCAUUGCGAACUUCCCUACAGCAGCCUUUCACAAGUCGACCACUCCCACUUCAGUCACUAUGAGUGGUACAAAUGGCACAAAGACGAACACGAUCGCCAACCCCACUCGUUCCAUGGCCCCAAUAGUACCUUCUGCUUCCAUCCACGCCUCUAGAACGCUCCCGGUUUUGCAUCCGGCAGUCAAACGGCUACCACGAAUCCAAUACGGCGGUCCAUACCAGCAUGUCGAUGUAUAUUCCCGAAGGGCUCCUCGAUGCGUUCCCACUGAAUGGCCUGCUCUCAAUGUUCUACCGGUUCAGCAAUCGCUGCCAGCUUCAGAAUCUGAUCGAUUUCGCAAUAUUCGGGAAGACUACAACAGUGCCAUCCAGCAAUACCAUACACCACAAAACAAUUCGAGCUCCACACGGCCCGAUCACAUUGUAAACAAUCCUCGGGACGAAGGGAUGCCCAUAUCUGGCAUGGCUACUCAAGCACGCGCUAAAUGAGUUUUUCGGUGUGCCGCUAUAUCUUGACCACCGUUACUUUGAGGCUCCUGUUGUUGCAAUCCAGCCCGGCGCGGCGGGUCACGACGAUAAUGGGUCUGACACCACCAUCGAGGACCCGAAUAUGAACGACCUCUCCAAGCAACAGAAGUCGAAUCUCAAAAGGAAGAUGGCGCAGAUGAAGGAUUCGACAUCUGAGAACUCCACCACACACGCCAAAAGGAAGAAGAAGAAGAAGAGCACUGUCAUUUAGCCUCGUUCUGGGAAAAUGUGAGGGGCAGAUAUGCAAAAUGAACCUUAUUCAGAUCUUAGCUU